AUGACCGGUGAAUGCACCAGAUUUUUCCAGUCCCUCUAUAGCGGGGCAACCCCAGGCGUGCCAAAUCCUGCCUUCUGGGCUCACAUCCCCCCUUCUUCACUCCCUCCCCGACUUCUCAACCAUCUGCAAGCCCCCUUCUCCCUUCUGAAGAUUAACAAUGCUUUAAACCAGCUCGCCCGUGGCAAAACCCCCGGCCCUGACGCCAUCCAGGGCGAGCUCUUCCGUCAAUACAAUACCCUCUUUGCCCCUGCUUUUCUCUCACUCUUCUCCUCCCCGCACAUCUCCGCUACCCUCCCGCCGUCAAUGCUGUCAGGCCGCACCGUCCUUAUUCCCAAGAGGGGAAGCUCCUCUAUGGUUGACAACCUUCGCCCUAUCACCCUCAUGAUCUUGAACUACAAGGUGCUAGCCCUAUGCCUCGCCAACCGGUUGCAACUUGCUCUCCCUCUAAUUAUCCACCCCUCCCAAACCGCUUUCAUUAAAUGCUGGAAAAUUGGCGAUACAAUCAAUGAUACACUUGACAUAUUCGACUGGAGCGCAACCACGAAAACCCCCCUGCUCGCCUUAACCGCUGACUUCCGCAAGGCCUAUGACCUGGCUAACCGGGCCUUCCUCUUUCAAGCGCUUGCCGUGGUGGGACUUCCCGAGCAGUUCAUCGCCUGUGUUCGCCUCAUGCACACUAACACCUCCACCCGCAUCUCCGUUAACAACCUCGCUGGACCCACCUUCCCUGUCCGAACGGGGGUCCGACAAGGUUGCCCUCUCGCCCCCCUCCUUUUUGUGUGUGCCAUUGAAAUCCUACAGCGCUACCUAUCGCUCUUCCUCCCGGGUUUCCCCCUCUCUACGACGCAGCGCGGGCUCAUGGCAUACUAUGCUGACGAUGUCACCAUCUUUCUCUCCUCCGUCAGAGAGCUUGGGACUACACUUAUGCACCUCCGAUCCUUCGCCGCAGUCUCUGGAGAACACCCCAAUUGGAACAAAUGUUCAAUUAUCCCUUUUCACAUUGCCCCGGAACAAAUCCUCCUAGCUGGCCCCACUCCCAUUCGCACUCCUCAAGAGGCAAAAUGCAUUCUUGGCAUUUACGUCGAACAUGCACAACCAGGCGACACUACCUGGUCCACUACUCUCUCUCGCGUUCAGUGCAUGGCCAAGUUCCUUGCCGCCCUUCGUGCCACAGCUACAUGCCGCAAGUCACUUACGUCGGUCUUCUUAAACUCUAUUAUCUCCUUCCCCGGCCGCUUUCAACCCGCCUCCCCCGACAUUAUCAAACGCCUAGACGUCUUGGUCGGGAACUUCCUAUCUUCCUCUUGUUUCAAGGAGCACGACCUUGCGGUCCGUCUCAUCCCUAAUCGGCUCCUGUGUGAUUCCACUCGCCAUGGAGGCCUUGGAGCGAUCGCCCCUUCCACCCAAAUCCGCGCUCUAGCCGCUCAUCGCGCGCUCCGCCGCCUCGGUGCCUCACCAUCGGAGGAGGUAGCGAGAGCCGCCGUCUGUCUCCCUUUUGGCACACACUGUCUCCUAGCGCACCCAGCCAUCCUUCAAUCAGGCAUUCUGCCAACGGCAAUCCCGAGUCGAGCACUCGCUGAACUACACGCAUUGAUAGAGAUCACCCCGGACAUUGCCCCAUCUCGCCUCGCCCGUAUGUGUAUAAUGGCCAACUCCUCCUCUGGACGAAGAGUCUGGCGAGAACUCGUCCGUGCUAUCCCCAAGCCCUGGUGGUCAGCCCUUCGCUCCCCCCCUCCCCCCUCGGCAGCCCUUGGGGAGUGGUUCGUCCCUAAAGAAGACUCCGAGACCUCCCCCACUCUUGCUCUUCAGGUCACGGCCUUCUUCCCUCCGUCGUCGCUCUCAGUCUCUCUUCAUCGUGUCCUCCCCAACCGGUUCAUCGUCCGGCCAUCGUUCGGAGAUGGCACCUUCCACAUAGGUGCCCUCUCUGCGGUACACGUCGUCGGGUCCUGGCUUGCAGGCCCCUUCCAUACAGGUGCAGGGCUCGGCGUGCGGCUCGACAUCCUACAGGACGGAUGCCCCAGCGUAGCCGAUAUGCGCCGCCGGCUCUAUACUCAGCUCCCCCUCGACCACGCCACCCACUGGAUCCACGUCCUCCCCGCUCCUCCUCCCUUCCUCCCCGACCUCUCCCAUGACUUUCUACGUGAGCAACCCAGCCUCCCGCGCGACGUCAUGUACCGGUUCUACACUCGCGCCCUCCCUUCAGGUUCGCGCUUCAACUUCGCCGCAGACCGGAGAGUUUGCUCACUCUGCCUGGCCGCACCCAAAGAGACUAUAUCCCACAUCUUCUACGAGUGUGGGGUGGCCCCCGCGGUGGCCCCUUGGAGUCUCCUGGUUGGGGCAUCUACAAAAGCUAUUUGGAAUGCACGCUGUGAACACAAGUUCCAAGACUCGCCCUCCUCCCGGUUUGAGAUCCUCCAGCUCAUACUGGCCAAGUUCCUCAUUGCUUUCAAAAUUUUCUUAUGGCGCAGGAAGAAACAAUCAAUAAAAAAACAACUACGUUCAGCCGCUCGCAUCAAGCUGGCCACUCGACUUCGCUUCCUCGUCUUCGACCACAACGGAACCCCUUCUAUCCACCCAGACCUCCGCUCGUCCUGGUUGCUUGGGGACCCCUUCCGCCCCCCCUAG